AUGUACUACGAGCGUGGAUUCGAACUGGCCGUACACAGUGUGACUCAUUCGGGCAUUGAUACAUACACAAAGUUACUCCAAGAAGCUCGUGAUCAACGGAACAACAUUGCUAAUUUGGCUGGUGUCCCUAUUGACGAGAUUGUCGGAUGGAGGAGUCCUAACUUGAUUACAGCAGGUGACGGACAGGCAGCAAUUGCCGAGGAACAGUGUCACCAAGGUGUUAACUGCCUUCUACCGGACUGUUUCUGUAGUAGAUUAGAACAUCCUAUGGACCGGAAUGACAUCCCUCAAAUGGUGUAUUUUGGAUUUGAUGAUGCAUUGAAUCCGGAGAGUAUUCAACACUACGAUUUUCUCUUUGGACGUAACCGAACCAACCCCAACGGCUGUCCAAUAAGCGCCUCCUUAUACAUUUCACAUAAAAACACGAAAUACGGCAUCGCAAAAAUGUACUACGACCAUGGAUUCGAACUGGCCGUACACAGUGUGACUCAUACAAACAUUGAUACAUACACAAAGGUUCUUCAAGAAGCUCGUGACCAACGGAACAACAUUGCUAAUUUGGCUGGUGUCCCUAUUGACGAGAUUGUCGGAUGGAGGAGUCCUAAUUUGGCUACGGCAGGUGACGGACAGGCAGCCGCUCUCCAAUCCCUCGGGUACAAGUAUGACAUUUCAUGGCCUUAUAGAAAACUUCGAAUGAACGAUAAGAACUUGUGGCCACUUACAUUAGAUUAUGGUUGCCAGAUUUCAAAAGAAUGCCCUAAGCAAAAACAUAAAGGAUUUUGGGAGAUCCCGGUGAAUCCCGUUACAUGGAAAGAUGAACAAUUUUGUGUCUACACUGAUGGUUGUUACAAGCGACCUAAUAACACCGAGGAAGCUUAUAAUUUCAUCAUAGAUAACUUUAACAGGCAUUACCAAGGCAACCGCGCACCAUUCGGAAUACAUAUGCACAUGGGUUGGUUUUUUCAGCCAUAUACAAGGACAGGUAUGGACAGGGCAAUCCAGGACAUGCUGAAGAAUGAAGAUGUAUACAUUAUAACUGCCAAGCAAGUACUGCAGUGGAUGAAGCAUCCAACCAAAUUAUCUGGGAUGAACCAUUUUGAAUACUGGAAUUGUGACGGAAAAACGAUGAUACCCGGACAUAGAGAUGGAACUUUUCCGGGAAUUUAUAUGAUGGAAGACUCGGAUGUAAAUGAUAGACUUUCCCCUAAAGAUAAUACAGGGAUGGUUAAUUCACCAAAUCGAUAUAACGAAGGAAAACAACUAUUGACAGUUCUUUUACUUGCGGUUGUGCUCGCCUGCCUAUCUGUUGGAAUAGUGUAUUGGUUGUUAACAAAGAGAGGUAAAAACUAUACACCACUGCGGUAUAAUUUGGUUGUCGACGAGUACAAGGACAGGACAGUUUAG